GGCGUCGCCCCUACUUAGACGAAGUGGGGGUCCCGCUAAGCUGGGCCCCGCCACCAUGCCCAGGCCGAGUGGGGGUGGGGAGAGGCAAUGACUGAAAUCUGUCUCGAGACCAGCGCCCCAGUGAGAGGACAGCAAAGGGUGUGACUAGUUAAAGGCAUCUGCUGAAAGACUGGGAGAAGAAAAAGAUGGCCACUCAGAAUCAGACCAACUGUAAUACCAAGUCACCAGCAGCCCUGGAGGAGGCCAAGACCUCUGGUGAUUCAGGGAGCCCCCAAACACCCACUGAGUCUCAUGACUGUGGCAGUUCCCUGUCCCUGACACCACGAAAAAAGAGCCAUUCAGAGGAUGAAGAUCUUGCCCAGGCUGCCGGUGGCCUGAGCUGGAACUGUGGCGGACCCCAAACCCAGAGCCCAGAGGGUUGCUCAGUAGAGGCAGUGCUGGGCCGGAAGAAGCACCGGAGGAGGCCAUCCAAGCGCAAGCGGCACUGGAGGCCCUACCUGGAGCUGAGCUGGGCGGAGAAGCAGCAGCGUGAUGAGAGGCAGAGCCAGAGGGCCUCCAGGGUCCGCGAGGAGAUGUUUGCCAAAGGCCAGCCUGUGGCGCCCUACAACACCACCCAGUUUCUCAUGAAUGACCGAGACCCUGAGGAGCCGAACCUUGAGGUGCCACCCUAUGGGGCGUCCCACCCAGGUUCCAGCGGGGACAGUGAGGCAGGGGACAGUGACGGGCAGGGCCAAGAUCAUGGCGAGUUCCAGCAGAGGGACUUCUCUGAGGCCUAUGAGCGCUAUCACACCGAGAGCCUGCAGGGCCGCAGCAAGCAGGAGCUGGUAAGAGACUACCUGGACCUGGAGCGGAGGCUCACGCAGGCAGAGGAGGAGACUCGGAGGCUGCAGCAACUGCAGGGGCGCAUGGGCCAGCAGCCCUGUCGCCAGGUGGAGGAGCUGGCCGCCGAGGUAGAGAGGCUCCGCACUGAGAACCAGCGGCUUCGGCAGGAGAAGGAGAUGUGGAACCAAGGGGGCAGCCGCCGCCUUGAGGAGCCAGGCACCUAGGGGUGCCCCCCAGCCAGGUGGACCUUGUCCUGAUUCUCAGCCACUCAGGCCAGCUGGGUCUCAAAGAGACAGGUGGCAAGUGAAAAGCACUCUUGAAAUCACUGUGCCCCCUGAGAACAGCUGAAACAGGUUCAGACUUCCACCUUGUCAUUUCCACAAUUGGUUCUUUGAUGUCAUCUUACUUUUUACAAAAAAAUUAAAUGGUCUUGCUGAGACCCAAUGGGA